GAUGAUUGCAGAGUCUGUGCGUUGUGCAUCUGCUCAACAACAAAAUGGUUCGGUCCUUUGAGAACCUAAGAGAAGAAGAGAUAAAAUUAUUGACAAAGAGGCUAGAAGAAGCAUGUUCAUCUUCUUCAUCAGUAAAUCUAAGCAAACUCCUUAUGACUCUUACCAACGAUAUCAUAUGCAGAAUCACCUUGGGAAGAAAAUAUAACAUCGAGGAAGGUGGAAUUGAUAUCAAGAACUUAGUGAUGACAUCCUCUGGGUUCUUUGGCAAAUUCUUUUUCGGAGAUUUUAUUCCUAGUUUGGCAUGGAUAGAUAAGAUCAACGGCGUAGAUGGUAAAAUGAAGGACAUAAAUAACAAGUUAGAUUGUUUUUUAGACAGCAUGGUGCAAGAACAUGUCGAUGCCGAUCACAAAGAGCCAUCAGAUUUUAUUGAUAUGUUGCUAUCGAUUCAAAACGAUAAAACCAAACGGUUUGAGCUUGACAGAAGUGAUAUAAUACUCAUCCUCAAGGAUAUGUUUUUUUCCGGAACCGCAACAACUGCCUCACAACUAGAAUGGACAAUGACAGAACUUAUGAGGCAUCCAGAGUGUAUGAAAAAACUUCAAGAUGAGAUUAAUUCAAUAUCGACGCAUAAUUUAAAUGUAACAGAGAAAGAAGUUGAGAAAAUGGACUAUUUACAUUGCGUGAUCAAGGAGGGACUACGGUUACAUCCUUCUGGUCCAUUACUGACCAGACUAUCGACUGAAGAUGUCCAAUUAAAGGGAUAUGACAUUGCUGCAGGGACACAGGUAAUAAUCAAUGCUUGGGCACUCCAACGAAACCCUUCCAUAUGGGGACAUGAUGCAGAAGAAUAUAGACCAGAGAGGCAUUUUGGUUUGAAUUUGGAUUUUAACGGUACUGAUUCCAAGUUCGUUCCAUUUGGAGCGGGAAGAAGACUUUGCCCCGGGAUCGGAUUUUCUAUGGUCUUGUCCAAAUUGACACUAGCCAACCUUGUGAAAAGGUUCACUUGGAGACUCGAGGUCGGACCAGGGGGAGAUGAUAAGCCUGACCUAGUUGAAGCAUCUGGUAUUGAUGUUUGCCGCAAGUUCCCUCUCAUUGUCUUUCCAUCACUUGUGCAUGCGUGAAGGUAUUAACCUACCUUGUUGAAUGAUGAUUGAGUGUGAGCUUUGUUUUUUUUUUUUUUUUAUGUUCCUUCUAUAACGUACUUUGAUAUUUGUGGUCUACGUAGAUCCGGUGUCUUCUUAAGUAAAACUAAACUUAUUUG